GAGCUCCUGCAGAGCACCAAUCAGCGGUCAGUGCUGCCUGCCGGUGCCGGGGACUGGUGGUGAGAGGAGAGGAAAGAGGGAGCUGCAGCAGCGUCAGGAACCGGACCGUGAACCCCGGAGACGGUACACACUGAGGCGGACAGGACACACAGGAUGGAGCGGAUGUCUGAGGAGGCGCUGAGGCUCAACCUGCUGAAGCGAGGCCUGGAGUCACCCAGCGAGCGAGAGGAAGCGCUGGCCAAGCGCCUGAAGAUGGAAGGCCACGAGGCCAUGGAGCGCCUCAAGAUGCUGGCGCUACUCAAACGCAAGGACCUAGCUGACCUGGCGGCCCUGGAGGUCGCGGGGCCCCUGGGAGACGGGAAGGGGCCCGGAGCCAGCGCCCUCCACCACCAGAGCCUAAUGGGCGGCGCUUACGAGGAGAAGAUGAACGGGAGUCUGAGGCUGGGAGGCCACGGCAGCCAUAUCGGACCCAGUAAGAACGGGAAGGAGAACAUGAUGGAUGAGCCUGUGGAUAUGAGCGCUGGGAGAAGAUGCGAUGCAGACCACGACAGACGAACUCCGUCUCCAGAUGUCAUCAUCCUGUCAGACAACGAGGCGUCCAGUCCCAGAACAACACCUCGCCCUGAGGAGCGCCUGCACCACGCCAACCUGGACAUGUUCAAGGGGAAGACGGGAGAGGAGAGGCAGCAGAUGAUCAAAGCUCUGAGAGAGGAGCUCCGUCUGGAGGAGGCUCGCCUGGUGCUGCUGAAGAAGCUCCGACAGAGUCAGAUGCAGAAGGAGAACGUGGUGCAGAAGGUCCCGGUGGUUCAGAACGCUGCGUCCUCCCAGCAGCCUCCUCCCAUCCACAGCUCUGCCGGCCUGGGGAAGCUGCCCGUGAGGCCGGGCCUGCACAACCCGGAGCCCCAGAACCUACGCACUGCACAGGGUCACACAGUCAUCAGGUCAUCAGCCAAUGCAAACCUGCCCCCCAUGCUGAUGUCCCAGCGAGUGAUAGCCCCCAACCCUGCCCAGCUGCAGGGACAGAGGAUGUCCAAGCCCGGGAUGUCUCGUUCCGGCUCCAGCAGCAUGGCCAACCCCGUCAGCUACCAGCAGGCCAGCCAGCAGGUGGCAGCCUCCCAGCGAUCAGGCUCCAGUGCCAUGUACAUGAACCUGGCCCACAUGCAGGCGGCGGCGGCGGCGGGGGCCGGCGGGGUGGCGGGCGGCAUGGGCGGCGCUUCGGCCGUCAGCCCGUCCACCAUGUCCAGCUCGGCCGGCGGAGGCGUAAGCUCCAUGGCCGACCAGGCCAGCAGCCAGGCGGCGGCCAAGCUGGCCCUGAGGAAGCAGCUGGAGAAAACCCUGCUGGAGAUCCCUCCGCCCAAACCCCCCGCACCGCUCCUCCACUUCCUGCCCUCCGCCGCCAACAGCGAGUUCAUCUACAUGGUGGGCCUGGAGGAGGUGGUGCAGAGUGUGCUCGACAGUCAGGGUAAACUCAGAGGGACGCUGGGACGCAUGGAGCCUUUCUUCUGUGCCCAAUGCAGAACCGACUUCACCCCCCACUGGAAGCAGGAGAAGAGCGGGCGGAUUCUCUGUGAGCAGUGCAUGACCUCCAAUCAGAAGAAAGCUCUGAAGGCGGAGCACACCAACAGGCUGAAGAACGCCUUUGUGAAGGCCCUGCAGCAGGAGCAGGAGAUCGAACAGAGGCUGCAGCAGCAGGCGGCCCUCUCUCCCAGCUCGGCCCCGACCGGACCCAACGCCUCCAAGACCGACUCCAUGAUCCGACAUCAUGCACUCCGCCAGGCUCCCCAGCCUCAGGCCUCCCUGCAGCGAGGUCUGUCCAACUCGGCGCGAGGCGUCCUGUCCAACUUCGCCCAGGCCUCCCAGCUGUCGGUGGCCAGCAGCCUCAUGGGGAUGACUAGUGCCAAGCACUGUGGCAGCGGUGGAGGCAGCAGCAGCAGUAGCAGCAACAGACUGCAGCACGACAGCCGUCGCCAGAUCUACAACAUCCCAGAUGAUCUUUGGCCAAGUAGACGCCAAGUUGCAGAGAGCUACUUUAACCUGCAACAGACAGGUUAUCCAAAAAGGUUAAAUAUUGCCUAUCUGAACCCAGCGGCAGUUGGAGCCCAUAAAAGCUCCAGCUUAGCAGACCGGCAGAGAGAGUACCUGUUGGACAUGAUCCCACCUCGAUCCAUAUCGCAGUCCAUCACCGGACAGAAAUGAGCCCCCGCUCAGCUUUCCUGCUCCUCUGAAGCCACCCCCCAUCCUUACCUUCCUACCCAAUACUGAAGCACUCCCAGAUCGACCAACAUCCCCCCCCCCCUCCCACACCCCCAUCGCAUGCAGUGCCUGUCCGUGUGCCUACCUUAAACCAACCCAUGAAAACCCACCAAGUCGGACAACAACGACAC